AUGAGCGAUUCGCCAGGAGUAGAGUGGCUCCCGGCGUACAGCCCAGGGCCACCGCGGCACAGUCCCCUUGGUCCGAUUCCUCGCUUUCUUUAUGAAGAUGUACAGCCGCCACUAUUACAACAGGAAAAUAACAACAAGGAAAUUGACCAGAAACAAGACAAAAAUAAAAUCAAACACGCCAAACCAGCUUAUAGCUAUGCGAGUAUGAUUAGAUUGGCUAUCAGCAGCUCGCCCAAUGGAAAGAUGACCUUGAACGAGAUAUACAACUACAUCUGCAACGCCUUCCCUUACUACAAGGAGGCCGGCAAGGGUUGGAUGAACUCAAUCCGUCACAACCUGUCUCUGAACAAGUGCUUCAUGAAGGUUGCUCGCAGUAAGGACGACCCCGGCAAGGGCUCCUACUGGGCCAUGGACACCAGCUACAAGAUGGCUGAGGUUACUCCGAGGAGACGGCGCAGUUUACGAAUGGCGCCCUACAGUCCAGAGUGUAGUUCAAACAGUUCCGGAGACGCCGGAGCGUCUGGAGUGGACGCCGCGCCCACGCCGCCCGCUACGCCCACGACGCCCACCGCGCCCACCACGCCUACGACCACCACCGUCCUCAAAGAGGAGCCGCUGGUUAAAGGGGAACCCAACUUGGAGCACACAGACGACGCGCUGUCCGCCCUCAUGGACGAUGAGCUCAUCACGGACGCUGACAUCAGCAGAGAGAGCUGGUGGUGGUCGGGCGCGAGGCGGCACGUGUGUGUAGUGAGACACAGCGCCCUCACCGACGACUACGGGAACUUCCUGGACCUGCGUCACCACUGUGACUGUCCGCCGGACACACCCGACACACCGGACACACCGGACCUCCGGACACAGGCCACCAGCACCGCGCUCACACCGCCUUGGCAGGCCUUAUAA